AUGUCUGAUGCAGCGGAGCGGAAUGAGACGCUUAUAGGCAUUUUCUCGGAACGUCGUCGUCAUUUGGACGAGAAUAUUUUUGAGAAUAGAUGGGCGAGCUACCGGCAUAAUAUGAAGAUGAUAGACGGACUCUCGUACCUAGGAGCUACAAGGAAUAGUGUGCUUGGGCUGGCGCUGCUCCUCCCGGAGGAGUUUGACCGGACUAGAAGGGAUAAGAUAGCGCCAGAUAUUGGCGAGUUGGGGAGUAUAGUGAAGGUGCGUGAGCUCCUCGAGCUUGCCCAUGAACUUGUCCCAUAUGUAAUUUGGGUUUUGAAUGGGUCGUCAGAGAAUGCACCUCCACCAUUGCAGGGCAUAGAGGUGACGUGA